AUGGGCAUUCCACAAUCCAUAUCUCAAGAAGACGAUGAAUUUUCCACGUCGUCGUCUUGCCGAGCUGCUGAACUCCACUCCUAUCGACCACAAGAUUACACACUUCGAAAUCCUUCCAUAUCAGGAAAAUCCAAUCGAUCGAACCACAGCAACAGCAACAACCAUCGAUCCUCCUCUCCAAAUACACUUCCAUAUAAUCUUUCAGAAAAAAGCUCUAAAGAAGCCACUGAACGCGUUCGAGAUAAACUCUUUAACGCAUCUUCGAAAUGGCUGUCAAAUGCCAAAUGUCUUUCCCCAACAAGUCCAAGUACCACCGAAAUUUCUUCUCAACAGCAAUUCUCUCGAAAAAAGUUAUUGAACGGAGUGACAUCCAUUCUGCAUAUUCGAAGACGAGCAGCUUCUUCACCCGAAGAACGCGACAAGUUGAUUUCAACUCUUGCUUCUUUUCUGAGCGUUCGAGAUGGAAUGUUAAAGAGCUAUUUAGCUUCCGAUUGGAUGUCUACCGUUUCUAUCAUUGAACGAAUGUUAGUUCCUUCGGAAUUUACACAAUUUAUUGAAUUGGCAGUUCAGGAAAUUGAUGAUCAUUUUGAUUUUUCCGAAUCGGGAGACUCGAAAUCGACUGACUCGAACGGAUCACAAAAAAACAGAAAAAGACGAGGUGGAAUUUUAUCCUCUGUAUCCCAUCAUCAACAUCGAAGACAACCCAUUAAGAAGCCACAUCCAAUGGUGUCAAAUGCCAACUCUUCCAAAAUUGUAAAUUUAAAAUUAAUGAUCGUCCCACCCCUCAAAUAUCACACACUCGUCGAAGCAUGUUUUCCAGUCGUAGAAACAUUUCUACUAGAUCCCAUGGAAAUGACAAAUUGCUCAUUUGGAGUGGCACUUGUCGUCGAUCAUUGGUUUCUCUAUUUCGAACCUGAAACGAAUUUAAUAAUUCCCAAAAAACUCUUUUCGAGAGCGAAGGAUUUUGUCGAGCAACAAAUUCCAACCUUUUUACGAGUUCAACAAAAAGUGAAUCAAAUUGAGAAUUUAUUGGCUGCAUGUAUUUGUAAAUGGAAUUCUUCCAUGUAUUAUCAAGCUGCGAAAAUGGAAUUCGAUUCUGAGAAUUCUCAAUCGAAUCAAUUGCUUCAGCCAUUCCAUUCAGAAACGACAUGUUCCUCUCCUACCUUAUUAAUACCUUCAUCGACAUCUUGCUCGAAUUUGAUAUCAUCUCCUUCUUCAAUGAAAUAUUAUGGAAAUUCGUUGGAUUUUGUGGAAGACUUUUUUAUGAAUUAUUUGAAAUAUGAUUAUACCAAAGUUCCAACCUUUAAUUAUUUAAGAUCCAUGAUGACGAAUAUUCGAGAAAUGGGAAGUAGUGAACUCAUGAUGGAUCUUAAUGAAGAUCUUGAACAAGUAAUUUCAAAAUCUCACAUUUUGGAUGUCAAGCAAAAACAUACAAUGGAUGUGACGACGUUGGAAUCGAAUCAUGACAAUGAUGGUAGUAGUAGUAACCAAACUCGUUCCAAGAAUGUCGUGACAUUUUUAGAUCAUUCCGAUUUGGAAUUAUUUAUGGACAAGUUGUCAAUUUCCAUGCAAGAACAACAAGAAGUGUUUCAACAUCUCCAAGAUGUCUCCUCUUCAUGUGCUCCUCAGAAUGGAGCUGAGAAUGAAUUGACUGCUUCCAAUAAUCCAUUUGUCGCUUUGGAAAUUUUAAUGGCAGCGUUUGACAUUCAAUAUCUUGAAGAAGGUCUUUCUGAAAAACGUUUUGAUCAAUUUUUACAAGGUGUCUUAAUUUUAUGGCUCCGAUCAAUUAUCAUUAAGGAAAUGGUUCCAAGUUCCAUGUUCGCUUUUCUUCAAAAAUUUGGAUCAAAAUGGAAAAAUUCCACCUUAAUGAAAAAAAAAAACAACAUGUCUUCCUCCGACUCUUCACCACAACAACAACCUCACAAUUAUUUUCCUGAUCAACAAAAACGACAACACUAUCUCAAAACUCAUUACACGGAUCGGAACAAACCCAUUCCUAUUUGCACCAAAUGUAACAGUCAGGAAUUUGUGGUUCCGUGCGCGAGAGGAAAGCCAGCUGCAUCGUUGUUGCAAGAUGCCCAUGACGGAUAUGUGCAUUUGACUGGAUGCUGUCAUUCUGCUGAUGGAUAUUGUGUCAAGUGUAGACAUGUGAUCAAUUUUAAAUAA